CCUGAUAAGGUGUACAAUUUGACGAUCAGUAAUAUCUCCACUAGCUCACUUUCUCUCAGCUGGACACCACCAAAUGGCAACGCUUGGAAGCUACAGAGUUGACGUUACUGGAUCCACAGUGAUGAAUGUGACCACAACUUCGGCAUUUGCUAAUCUAACUGGACUAAUACCCGGAAGCAUGUAUACCCUCCAAGUUGUGGCCUUGGCUGAGGACAAUAUGACUGAAGGAGAUGCAGUGGCAGUCACGGGAUUCACAAAGCCUGAUAAGGUGUACAAUUUGACGAUCAGUAAUAUCUCCACUAGCUCACUUUCUCUCAGCUGGACACCACCAAAUGGCAACGCUGGAAGCUACAGAGUUGACGUUACUGGAUCCACAGUGAUGAAUGUGACCACAUCUUCGCAUUUGCUAAUCUAA